GCGUGCAGAAUUCCAUCGCGGUGGUUCCAGUCCCUGGGAACCUUCGUGCGGAGCCUGCAUUAUUUCUCAUCAAUUCCGGUCAUUUCUGGACCACCUCCUGGCCGCCUGUUCCCCUUUUCAGUGACCGCGCUGCCUGUGUUCCACCCGAAAUCUGCGAUCGUUGUUACCGGGUCGUCGUUCAUUGAGCACAGUCUCUCGUCAACCCGUCACGCGUCUUUCACAUGGCCGCAUUCGACCCCAUCGAGUACUUUGGCAUCGCCUGCUGCCGAGACAUUGUCGUUGUUCAGCAUGCAAGAACCCGAAGCCAGAGUUCCAUCUCGCUACCGACUGUAAACCUCCCGUCAUGCACUGCUUUGGAAAGUGCUGCAUGUCGGCCAUGUCCGCAUGUCUUGCAAAGUAGCGGCCAUAGAGCAGCACGUCGUUCGUCUUCACCUUCACUCGCCGCCGGCAACAUCACGCCGGAGGAUUCCAUCCAUGAAUUGGGCCUUGACUUUAUCAACCCAUCCCCGCCCGCAUCUCCAAACGUCUCAAGCAACUCAAGUUGGACAUCAGACCCAAACCAGCCCUCUUCGCUCUCACGAUACGUCCACAAUCAUGAGCGCCAUGAAGAGAUUGCUAUUUCCAUGUCCGCCGCCACACCCCAGGAUUGCUCCAGAGCGACUGUCGGUUCUCUAGCCAGCAUUCUAGGCUUCCUGGACGGUCCCGUCUUCCGGAAACAGCGAGCUUCUGAGCACCAUUCUCCCGACAUGGACGCUUCCAUGCAUCGGUACUUGGCGGAGGUUCAUCAUCACGAGCGCGUCGCCCUUGACCUCGCGCAUCAGCAGCAGCAGCAGCAGCAGCAGCAUCAUCAAGCGGCAAAUACGACUGCAGACCCAGUGAUCGCCCAGAACACAUCGUCCAUUUCCCUCUCGGCAGGAUCAGGCGCCCAAGACGAAGACGACGAGGAUAUGGUUCUAAUGCCCGAGAAGUGGCUGGAGUGCCGUGAACGGCGGAGAGAACGGGCCAUGAGCCAGCCUCGGUUGUACAAGGUCCUUCAGUCGCGCAAGAGACGCAGCGUGUCACCCUCGCACGGGCACAAGGUUAAGAUGCCGAGGCGGGAAUGACCAUUUAGUUCACAACUUCACAGGGCAGAGCAACGGUUGCGUCUUGGAAAGAAGCCUGAUGCCUGCCAACCCCCAACACAUGUUCGUUUACUGCUCGGCCAUUUCGUUUUAGGAUAUCACAGCAUGUCACCUCAAGAGAGCAGAGAGAUGCCUGCCAAAUCCCAUGAAUAUAGUCUAAUAGUUGCCCGCAGUCUCUGCAGUCGGCAGUCCCAGUGAGGUUGCCCUCAAGCUCUAAUCCGAGCGUCCGAAAGCCAAAUCCCAAA